AUCGGCGUCCCCUGCCGCCGUGCUCGGCCACACCUGCAUUAAACGGGGGAAGUCCGUCCGGCGGAGCGGCUCAGAGACCGACGGAGCUGCAGAGAGAGCGGAGGCUGCAGGAGGAGCUCAUCACUCUGGACCAAUCUGAUCUAAAACAGAGGGUGAGGGUAUGAACCGACACACCGGCCGAGAGACUUUGUGAUCGCGGACACAAGCUGGGAUUAAGACCGCAAACAGACCGGAGCAGCUCGGUACGGACUGACAGACCUCCAGUGAGCGGCUGAGCGCACAGGUAUUUGGUGAUAACUGAAGUAAACCUUUAAUCAGAAGUGGAUGCUGGAUGAAAAUUUGAGGAAUCACCAAAACUCCUGAGGGGUUUUCCCUUGUGAUCCCUGACAGAGCGAGGACAGUGACACUGACUCGGCCAUUGUCUCCUCUCUGUUUCCGGACAGAGUGAGGCUCCCAGAGUGCCUCGGCUGUCCAUUGUGACUGGAGAAGAAAGAAAGAUCCAGCUUGUCUGCAUAAAGACCUAUUCAGCAUCAUUUCUCUUUGCCAGCUACAUUUGCUACACCGAGAGGAACAGUGAAUUCUCAGCACUAUCCGUAGCCGCGAGCCUUUCCGUCCACCCUCAACCCCUUCUCUUCCCACCCCCUAAUCCCUAUCCCACAUCCCUGAGCCCCUUCCCAGUUCCCAGCCCCGGCUUCAGCCUCAACGCCUGCCCCGUUCCCAGAUGACAGCUCGGAAACAUCCGUUACCCUCCCACUCCGCACGAGCCUUCUUUCCUCUCCCUCCAGCCCCCGUGGCGCUUGGCACCGAUGCCCAUCACAUAGACAGAUGGAGCCAACCCUGACCCCUCUCCUCGCCCGUGGGGACGCCAAGAGAAUCAACGCCUGACUAGAGGAGAGGGGGUGGGUGUGAGCGUGAAGGGGGAGACAGGAAGGAGAGUAUUGCUUUGUCACUACGGCAACACAUCGCCUGAACUCCAAUGGACUCCCCUUCAGCCCGACCCGAGGCACUCGAGUAAAAACGCACACAGCAGGAAAUUCAGCAACGGGAGCAGAAGGACCUCAUGUUUUUUCCCCCUUAAGGGGUGCCUGACAUAUUUUCGCUUUGAUCAUUUGGCAGAGAUAUCUUGUUUCGUUGUUUGUUUGGAACCGAGAUGUGAACAUUGACAAAGUUCUAAAUAUUUGAAGGAAUCGGGAAAUCACAAAUUCUGAAGGAAAGCCUCAGUCUAAAGCACUGCUGAAGUUUCAUUCUAAGCCCUGUGCAUCUUCUUCCCUUUAGCCUCCGAGAUCCAAAUGGAUUAAUGACAGCUGCAAUUGGCUGGCAAGACUAUUCCCUUUUUUACUUUCAAAUCCAAGCAGUCCACUUUUUUUUCAUUGUGUUUUGCCACCUGAAUAAAGCAGAAGAGGAAGUUUUUCUCUGACAGCGAGAAGGAACUACAUGUCAAAGCUCCCUUGGAUGUACACGUAUGACUUUGUCUGCCACAAGCCGCAACAUCCGGCAUCUCACUUUAGCUAAACACCCAGACAUCCACUUUGUGUUGGAGCAUUUGCUGUUUCAUUCUCCUGACAAAACGUCUCACCUGAGGCCCUGCAUUUUUUACAACAAGCAAGAUUUUGCCAACUCCUCUUUCCUUGGAUGUUGUUGUUGCUGUCUUCAAACCUCCUCUGCUGAUCGACAUUCUGAUUAGCAUAUAAUGCCAGACAACCAAUUUUAACAGAACCACGCAUCAACAAUAAAAUGAGGCACUAAUGGCCGGUGAAAUGAAUUCAGCUGGCCAACAUAACAGAGGGGGGAAUACCGGAGUCCCAAAGCUUCCCAGGUGACUGCAACCACACUGCAAAACCAGACUGGACAUUCUGUGGCUGUUUGGAUCUUUUAUUUUAAUGCAGUAAGGACAAUUUGGAUCCAUCUCUGUAUUCAGUCAUUUCAAGAUAGAAGGGUCUGCAAUCACAAAGUGCAAGAACCUGAACUGACUUUCUGAAACUGAUCUAUACAGACCAGUAUGGAUAAAACUACAACAUACUGAUCUCAAUCAAGUGUUUUGAGACAUUUAGUGAAUUUCAUUUAUUUCUUCUGUAGACUUGCCACCAACUCUAGUCCCAUUUGAGAUUUUCAGGAUAACAUACUCAUCAAAUCCCCUAGAUUUUCUGUAAUCUUCUCCUUGUCCUGACAGACUUGUGGUAGUCAUUGAAGAAUCAAAGAAGGACUAAGGUUAUCAGGUGAACUUUUUCUCCUUGGUGGUGGCGUCCUUAUUCAGCAGGCUGGGAGUGUCAACAGGAUGCCAGAAUUGGACGACGUUCCCCCCUUGAGGGGAACCAGAGGCCAUGAUCUGGGCCUAAACGGUCCGGCAGACCCUGCUCAGAUUCAGCACAGUAUCCUGGAGGAGCAAGUGGAGCUGUGGUGGUUCAGAGAUCCUGGGAAGUCUCUACUCUGCUAUUGUGUCGCCGUGCUUCUGAUCCUGGGCUGUGGACUGGGCGGCGUCGGCCUUCUUUCCACUACCACCAGUGUCUCGAGCGAAUGGCGGUUGGGUGCAGGAACAGCCUUGUGCCUGCUCGCCCUCGGAGUGCUGCUCAAACAACUGCUCAGCUCAGCUGUGCAGGACAUGAACUGUGUUCGAAGUCGACGGCGGAUUGACAUGUUAAAGAGUGGUGGUUUAUCUGACCUACUAGUGGUUCUGAUUACCGGACUGUCACUGUUGAUCUGUGGAGGGGUUCUGCUUCGCUUGGCCCUGGCGAACCAUAUGCCUAAGCCUGGCCAAGCUCUCAAUGACAUGUACAUCUCUGGAGUGGUUUUGCUGGCUGGAGGGGGGGCUGCGGUUGUGGGUGUUGGGAUCUACUCUGUUGUGGUGGUCCUGCUUGAGAGGACAAGGCAUGGACGAAGGUUGGUGGACCGAGUUUUGAAUGUCUUCACUGUUUCAGGACACAUGGACCGCCAGGCCCGCAGAGAGACUACCUCCAGUCUGGCUAACCUCAUAUGAGAUGCAACCACAAGCUGUGUAUUUUGAGCCCUGCCUCGACUAAAUUAAAACAGGCUUUAUGGCCAAAUAUUAGAAGAAAUAUGAUUAAAACAAGAUUCAUAACUUAUAUGCUUGAGCUUUAUCACAAACUGAUUAGAUUGUGUUUGAGACAAAAAGAGUUGAAUCUGUAAUAUCUGCUCAGUGCAGAUACUAGGCGUAGGCAGUCGAAUUUCAGAGUAAAGAUGUGGAAAUUCAAGAGUAACACUUAAGAAUUGAUUGUUAUGUGGCAAUGCUCACAAUGCAGCUUAAAGUAUCUUAAUUUAUUUGUUUUUCUCCAUGUGAUUAGCAUUUAAUGUUCAGUAUCUCUUACUCCAUUCACAUAGGACCAAUGCCAAAAUUGUGGUGGCAGUUUGCCUGAAGUAGUGUUUGUAUACAUGGCACCAACACAAAAGCAUGGAGAACAUACAGAUAAGUGUGGCAGUUCAGAUAAAUGAUAAGCACAGAUUUUUAUCUCGUAUUAGUUUAACAGUCUGCAACUCAGUACAAUUAAGCUGUAGUGGGAGCAAAGCCUAUGCGUCUAAACUGAUCAGUCACAACAUUAAACCACCUGCCUAAUAUUGUGUAGUCCCCCUUGUAGUCAAUCAUGCCAUGGACACGGAUCCUCUGGGGGCAAUGGAUCCUGUGUGUUCUGCAUGUUGUGGGAUCAGGCUUGUUCCGGUUCAUACAGUCGAUGCUCCAUCAGAUUGGGAUUUGGGGAAUUUGGAGGUCAGGUAAACAUCUUGGGCUCUCUGCUGUGUUCCUUUAGCUGCUCAUGAACAGUUUUUGCAGUGUGCCGGGGUGCACUGUUUACUUGGGGAUGCUGCUACAUUGCAAAGUGCACGUGAUCUGCAUCAAUAACUUGUCCACUGCAGGAUCUUGCAGGCCAUUUUAGAGUGGGCUGAACCUUGAUAACCUUGUCAAAUAACAAUGUACUCCUCUGUAACAUUGCCAUCAAUGAUGUAAAAUUCACCAUUUAGGCUGACAUAACAAUCCAUCUGUUGUUCUUUUUCGUACGUGCUCAUCGAACAUCCAGUAACUAAGGAUUGCCUUUGUUUCUAUUGAAACAUGAAUUACGGGGCUGUAAACAUUCUCACCACCAUGUGCCUGUUGCAGUUCCUGCUGUGGAAUAACAUCUAAUGCUUAGGUAUGUGGUACAUGUCAAACUAACAUCAACAUGAAUCCCUCAACCCAAGGUUUCUCUUGCGUUGUAGUAACAUGAUCAAGCUAAUUGACUUCACCAGCCAGUGGUUUUAAUGUUGUGGCUGGUCGGUGUAUUUUUUAAGUAAAGAUUACAAGAACUGUAAGCCUACAACAUACCAAAACCUGUCUUGUUUUAUAAAGGUGACAUUAUUUUUUUUGUUGGAGGGCAGCACAUUCAAGAUAAUGUACCUGUUAUUUACAUCUAUGAUCUAUCCUGUCAAAGUGACCUUGGACCACACAUCUGACCACUACCUGCUCAUUGAUUGUAAGUUGUUGGUGAUUUGAGCUGCGGCUGAAUGGCUACAAUGUAAAGGACAGGAUACAGAGUGACUGUAGACGGGACAACAUAAGUAUGUAAGAAUGUCCAAGCCGCAGUCCGUCCAUGUUUACUAAAAUGAUAUGAACACUCUAAGCUGAUGAAUUUAAGGGAUUCUUUGACUGGUUCAAUGAUGCUUUCAUCAAUUUAAUAAUAAUUUAACAUACUUCAUGCAGUAGAACUAUAGUGUUUGUGACAGACUGUCAAAACUUCACUGUAAUGUUAGACUGCCUGUACACAUGACACACAUGAUUGUUGGAGAAUUAUAUCACAGCACUUCAGAAUGUAUGGAUAGUGUGUUUUUUUUUUUGUGCAUCAACACAGUAUUGUCUUAACUGUGAAUCUUGCAUCGCUUUAUUGUUCUUAUACCAGUGUUAAUCAACAUUUUUGAUAUUGUCACUGCAUCAAAUUCCUCUGUGUAAUGUAAAUUGGUCACUCAUAGUGUUGGAAUGACCACCAGGCUCUGUAGAGCUGUUUGAGUUCAUUGUCUUUACUUUAUGGUUCCGUCUCAUUUUUCUCAUUAGCCCCUGUUGGUAGUCAGUUUUAUCAUUAAAGUUCUGAUAAACUCA